AUGGACCAUGCAUUUAUUGUUUUCAAACCGUAUUUGAUCCCACUAAACAUUUGUCGUAUAAAUCAUGGAUUUGUGCAUUCAUGUCCCGAGUUAUUGAAGAAUGCGGUUGGCAAGGAUUUGAUAACUUGGCUGCCGAAUCAUACUCCUUGCAGAAAUCUGUUUGCAGCCAUUCGUGAAGUUGUUGCUAGACCACAGAAUAUCUUUGAAUACAUUACAACUACAAACAAUUGGUGCAUUCCCAUCGAACUUAGUAACGUUGUAUUGGCCAGUAAUCAUUGCCAGGCAUAUUUCCUGAGCGUACUUUAUCUGGAACUGUGGGCCUGUUCCAUCAAACCGUAUUUGAUCCCACUAAACAUUUGUCGUAUAAAUCAUGGAUUUGUGCAUUCAUGUCCCGAGUUAUUGAAGAAUGCGGUUGGCAAGGAUUUGAUAACUUGGCUGCCGAAUCAUACUCCUUGCAGAAAUCUGUUUGCAGCCAUUCGUGAAGUUGUUGCUAGACCACAGAAUAUCUUUGAAUACAUUACAACUACAAACAAUUGGUGCAUUCCCAUCGAACUUAGUAACGUUGUAUUGGCCAGUAAUCAUUGCCAGGCAUAUUUCCUGAGCGUACUUUAUCUGGAACUGUGGGCCUGUUCCAUCAAACCGUAUUUGAUCCCACUAAACAUUUGUCGUAUAAAUCAUGGAUUUGUGCAUUCAUGUCCCGAGUUAUUGAAGAAUGCGGUUGGCAAGGAUUUGAUAACUUGGCUGCCGAAUCAUACUCCUUGCAGAAAUCUGUUUGCAGCCAUUCGUGAAGUUGUUGCUAGACCACAGAAUAUCUUUGAAUACAUUACAACUACAAACAAUUGGUGCAUUCCCAUCGAACUUAGUAACGUUGUAUUGGCCAGUAAUCAUUGCCAGGCAUAUUUCCUGAGCGUACUUUAUCUGGAACUGUGGGCCUGUUCCAUCAAACCGUAUUUGAUCCCACUAAACAUUUGUCGUAUAAAUCAUGGAUUUGUGCAUUCAUGUCCCGAGUUAUUGAAGAAUGCGGUUGGCAAGGAUUUGAUAACUUGGCUGCCGAAUCAUACUCCUUGCAGAAAUCUGUUUGCAGCCAUUCGUGAAGUUGUUGCUAGACCACAGAAUAUCUUUGAAUACAUUACAACUACAAACAAUUGGUGCAUUCCCAUCGAACUUAGUAACGUUGUAUUGGCCAGUAAUCAUUGCCAGGCAUAUUUCCUGAGCGUACUUUAUCUGGAACUGUGGGCCUGUUCCAUCAAACCGUAUUUGAUCCCACUAAACAUUUGUCGUAUAAAUCAUGGAUUUGUGCAUUCAUGUCCCGAGUUAUUGAAGAAUGCGGUUGGCAAGGAUUUGAUAACUUGGCUGCCGAAUCAUACUCCUUGCAGAAAUCUGUUUGCAGCCAUUCGUGAAGUUGUUGCUAGACCACAGAAUAUCUUUGAAUACAUUACAACUACAAACAAUUGGUGCAUUCCCAUCGAACUUAGUAACGUUGUAUUGGCCAGUAAUCAUUGCCAGGCAUAUUUCCUGAGCGUACUUUAUCUGGAACUGUGGGCCUGUUCCAUCAAACCGUAUUUGAUCCCACUAAACAUUUGUCGUAUAAAUCAUGGAUUUGUGCAUUCAUGUCCCGAGUUAUUGAAGAAUGCGGUUGGCAAGGAUUUGAUAACUUGGCUGCCGAAUCAUACUCCUUGCAGAAAUCUGUUUGCAGCCAUUCGUGAAGUUGUUGCUAGACCACAGAAUAUCUUUGAAUACAUUACAACUACAAACAAUUGGUGCAUUCCCAUCGAACUUAGUAACGUUGUAUUGGCCAGUAAUCAUUGCCAGGCAUAUUUCCUGAGCGUACUUUAUCUGGAACUGUGGGCCUGUUCCAUCAAACCGUAUUUGAUCCCACUAAACAUUUGUCGUAUAAAUCAUGGAUUUGUGCAUUCAUGUCCCGAGUUAUUGAAGAAUGCGGUUGGCAAGGAUUUGAUAACUUGGCUGCCGAAUCAUACUCCUUGCAGAAAUCUGUUUGCAGCCAUUCGUGAAGUUGUUGCUAGACAUAUUUUUAUGGUCAGUCUCUUCCUCUUCGAUGAAUCUAUAUUCGAUUUCGAGGAUCGGACACGUACUCACGCACCCCAUCAACUGGUCAUGCAAAUCGUCGCCGUUGCGCCUCUUGACUCUCAGCUCACCAGCUCCAACUCCAACUCAAACACCAUCUCCAUCUCCAUCUAUGGCUCUGUCUCUGACUCUGACUUUGCUCCUGCUUCAAUUUGCAGCCAAGCAUGA